AUGUUAUCCCCUUUUCCUAGAACGUAUGUGAUGAUCUCAUCCUAUCUUGUUGAAGAAUCUCUUUCAUCCUCAUCACGAACACCAAGCACAGAGUCAGCAUCGAAUAGCAAUGCUGCCGCACCAUCAUCAAGUAGUCAAGUGCACCCCUCUGCUGUAAUAUCUCCAACAGUGCCAUCGAGACCUGGUUGGCAACAGGACGGUAAACGGGUAUUCCCAACGUCAGCAAGCACCCCUCAAGCACAAACAACGCCCAUAACAACAACUGCAUCUGCGAUACCACAUCAACUGCAGAAGGAAUCAUCCCUGUCAACUAUUUCCUCACCACCUCAAUCACCAUUGCUCAAAAAAUCGUCAGUUCCAUUUUAUUUGCCGUGGAUAUUUGGAAUUGGGAUCUUUUAU